GCCCCGCCCGCCCGGGAGCGUCCGGCGGAAGGUCCGGGCAUGGCGGCGGGGCCGGGCCGGGCCGGGCCGGGCUGUGGCGGCCUCGCACAGCUGCACUGACACCGCACUCGCGUUACACAGUGUCUCCCCUGUGCGCUGCCUUUGGCUCGGGCGGGGCUAAUCUCCUUCACAGUGGCUGGCGUGCGCGGAGGGCAGUGCAAUGGCUCUCACGGUAAAAGAAUGCCUGGAGCUCCAGCUGCUGGAAGUGGAAAUGCUCCUUUCCAUGUUUCCCAAAAGAGGGGAAUUCAGCCUGGAUGCGGCUGCCGUGCCCAGCAUCCAGCGCUACCUGGGGAAUGCGGACGGAGCGCUGCCCCCGCAGCUGGAAUAUCGCAUCGCUCUCCAUGUAGGGGAGGCCAAGGUAAAGGUGGAAUUGCAGGUUCUCCUUCCUCAUAUGUACCCUCAGGUGGCUCCUCAGCUCUUUGCCAGAUCAGAUGCUCUGCACAGGCAGCAACAGCUGCAGCUCAAUACUCGUCUGGCAUCUCACAUCAGCUCUCUGGAUUCAGGAGAUCUGUGUGUGUGUGAGGCUGUGCAGUGGCUGAAGGACAACAGCCUGACUUUCUUGGAAAACAGUAAGGGCUCAUCUGAGUGUGCUUCUAAAGAGGUCAGGGUUAAGGAAAUGCUGCAUCGCAUGUGGAUCUACAGCCAUCACAUAUACAGGCAGGAACUGAGGAAAAAGAUUUUUGACUGUGCAAAGAAGUUAAAUCUGACUGGCUUCUGCCUGACUGGGAAACCUGGUGUCAUCUGUGUGGAGGGACUCCAAGAAAACUGUGAAGAGUUCUGGCGUGUUAUUAGAUAUCCCAACUGGAAGCAUAUUUCAUGCAAGCAUGUAGAGAAUUCAGAAACAGAGGGAAGCAUUGAUAAUCUCCGUCUCUUUCACAGUUUUGAAGACCUGCAGUUUCAGGCACAUGGUGAUUAUGGCCUGAGGAAUGACUAUCACAUGGAUCUUGGCCAGUUUCUGGAAUUCCUGAAACAGCAUCAGAGUGGACACAUUUUUCAGAUUUUAUUUGGUGUUGAAGGCAAACUUUCAGACAAUUAAGAGAAACUGUUUAUAAAGAGUUGUAAUUCUGGAGAGCAAGAUUUUUCCUUAAAGCUACUGUGAAAAAGGAAACUUUAACAUCUGAGAUGAAUGGUUCAAGCAGUUAAUGUCAAUUUUUGUGCUGAACUACCACGUAUUUUUGAGAUGUGUUCAAUGAUUUUCUAAGACUCUAAAAGUGGCAUUUGUCUUUGUGAGCCAUGCCUCAAAGCACUUGCAAGGUGAUAAACAUUCUUAACAGUGUGUUAAGAAUUAUACACUUCUGUCUCCUCAUCUGUACUGUGCUGUGUGAAUUUCUUCCCAUCUCAUCUUAACCUACUCUCUUUCAGUUUAAAACACUCCCCCCUUGUCCUGUCAUGUGCUUGUAAAAAGUCCCUUUCCAGCCUUCCUGUAAACUCCCUUCAGGUACUGGGAAGUGCUGUAAGGUCUUGCAAAGCCUUCUCUUCUCCAGGCUGAACAAUCCCAAUUCUCUCAGCCAGUUGACAUAGGAGAGAUGCUCCAGCCCUCUGACCAUUUUUUGUGACCUUCCUCUGGACUUGCUUUCCAUAUUGCUUUUAUGUUCAUGUCCCAGAGCUGGAUGCAGUGGUUUGUUUGAGGUCUCAGAAGUGGAGCAGAGGGUGAGAAUCACCUCCCUCAGCCUGCUGGUUAUGCUGCUUUUGGUGCAGCCCAGGAUACAGCUGGCUUUCUUGGCUUCAAGUGCACAUCACUGGCUCAUGUUGAGCUUCUUGUCUACUUGUACCAAGUCCCUCUCCUCAGGGCUUCUUUCAGCCCAUUCUCCACCCUGUGUUUGUGCUUGGGAUUGCCCCAACCCAGGGGCAGGACCUUGCACUCAGCCUUGAACACUAUGAAGCUUGCACAGGCUCACCUCUCCAGGUCCUUCUGGAGAACAUCCCUUCCCUGCAGUGUGUUGACUUCUCCUUGUAGCUUGUUGUCAUCAGCCAACCUGCUGAGGGUGUGCUCAGUGCCACCACCCAUGUCACUGACAAAGGUGUUAAUACCAACCCCUGAGGAAUAUCACUCUCACUGGUCUCCACUUGGACAUCAAGCCAUUGACUGCAGCUCUUUGCAACCAACCAUCCUUACCCAUCAAGUGGUUCAUCCACCAAAUCCAUGUCUCUUCAGUUUAGGGACAGGGAUGUAAUGCAGCAAAGUGUCUGUCUGGUUAUGUUAAUAACAAUUUUCAUAUGUUCAAUUCAUGGCAUUUUUUGUAUACACUGUUAGGCCAAACACUUUGGAAAUGAAAAUGGGUAAGAUAAGACAAAGUUUAGUUUUCCAUUACAUAAGGAAAUACAUGUAAAAUACAGAAAACAGGAAAAAACAACUAUCUAUAUAUUUAAUAUUACAUAAAACCACAAAUAACUUGAAGACUCCUUUCUAUGUCAGAUUAGUACGGGGAGAAUUUUCCAGCAGCUUGUAAGAGGCAGUGCUGUUAACACUGGGCAGUGUUUUCCUGUGGGGAAGCGUGCUGGGUGCAGAUGUGGAUAGUGAGUGUUCCAGUUUGUUAUGCAGGAUCAUAUUUAAAGGCCAUCAAUAUGAUAUGCAGUUGAAGAACACUGCUGAAAAGCCCCCAGCAGCUGUGCCUUGAAGGGCCCCCAGCCCACCACCUCCCACUCUGUGCCUGAGUGCCUUAAUGUGAAAAUGGGUACCAAGCAAUAAAAGCAGACUCACUGCUGAUGGACUCCAGCACCCAGGCACUCACCAGCAGCUGUUCAAAGACUCAGCACACUCAGCUGAUGACAACACAAAUUAAAGAUAUUAUUUUAUUUCAGAUGAAACACAAGGAAGUGUUUUAAUACCCUUCUCACAAUAGCAAUACAUUGAAAUGCAGAGGAUAGCAUGAAAUGCAGAGUGUUUUUGAUUGCUCAGAAUAUGAUUAAUGUCUUUUCCUUCACUGUGGUAAGAGUACUGUUUAUGUGAUCAGAACUUCUGCCAAAAGCACAGUGAGGCAAAAAUGUUGACACAUUCCCAUUAGGCAGAGAGGGAGAAAGUACCUAUCUGAAUCUUCAGCUGUGACAGAGUUGAAGGGCAGACAAAAUUAAUAUUUGGUUUUCUAGAGAUAAUCUCUCUGGUAAAGAUUAGAGAGAAACAGAUAGCAGAAAAAAUGUUCAAGUAACCUUUGUUUCCAGAACCAUCCCGAAAAUAUAUUACAUUUUUCUUGGAGUGGUAAUUGUUUAACAACUAAUAAUUCCUCAAAGUCUAUUCCUGGCAUUUUAAUACUCCCUUUUUGUCAAGAACAUGGAGUUCAAGAAAUUAGGCCCAACAUUUGCAAUGGAUCAGAACAGUGGUUAUCUUGGUGGGGGAAUGAAAUCCUUGAUCUUAUACAGGACAUUACCUUAGCUAAUGUUAAAUGUUAAUAUUGUUAAAUGCUGUUGUUAGUAAUGUUAAAAUGUUCUAAUUAGAUGUGAUCAAAAGGUUCUGCAGGUUUGGCUCUUUUUGAAAAUUUUCAUUCCGCAACUCCACACAAGAGUGACCAAUAAAGAUUUUCUCUGGAAUAAAAUAUUCUAACCUUAUGGGGUUUUUUUCUAAAUAACAGGUUCACAAAUAAUGCAAAUUACAUUGUGACUGUAAUGGAUAAAAUAUCAAAUGUAUCUUUUAAGUGCCCAUUUAUAAGUUCCCAUUGAUGUUUGUGACAAAACUCUUGACUCAAGAUACAACCACUCUUCUCAAAAAGAUCUGUCAAACUGUAGUGCAGGAUAUCUCAAUUAAAAUAACAAUCAAAAUAACCAAACA